CACCACCACCACCACCACCACCACUCACCUCACCCCCAGCAUGUUCCACGGCCGCCGACACUCAAACCACCUAUCACCGAACGCAGGCUUCGCGAGCGCGCGCGGCCGCCGCCCGACACCAGCAGCGCACCCCAUGCCCGCCAUGUCGUCGUCGUCGCGCCGCCGCCGGCCGGUGGUUGUAGCCCCCGUGAUCGUGGCCGCGCCAGUCCGGCCCGUUGUCGUCGCGCCGGUCCGUCCUGUGGUCGUGGCGCCAGUCCGACCCGUCGUCGUUGCGCCAGUCCGCCCAGCUGUCGUCGUUGCCCCCGUCCGUCCUGUCGUGACGCCGUUCCGUCCAGCGGUUGUCGUCGCGCCGGUCGCUGUUGCGCCUGUUGUCGUUCGCCGGCGCCGGUUCUGCGGGCUGUUCUAGGGAGCAGGGAACGUCACGCCGGACAGGAACUGAUGCCCUCUCACUCGACCACGACGAGCACAACACCUCUACCUUCCUGCGUCGAGCCCCGUCCAUGCACAUGGGCGCUCGCCUGCAUUCCGCACCGAGCACCGGAACAAACCGCCGCACAUGUACAUUCCCACCCAUGCGCCUAUGCAUAUCCCAGCCUGCGAUCUCCAGCCGUGUGAUCUCCGCCGCCGCGCCCCGCGUGACUGCACGGCCUGCCAUCUCAGGACGCCACACAGCGCAGGGCGGCCACUGAUGCGACGGUGUGGCUGCGUGACGCUGGCGGCUUGCGCUCGGAGCGUGUUGUUGUUGACCAGUCGGUGGGGGGUGGGGGGGAGUCGCAACCUACCCAGUCAGGUCUUUGUCUUGUUCUCGCACCUCGAUGCAUACGUCGAGACUGGCCAGUCGCCGUCUCGUCGCCAAGCAUCCCCGCCCUGCCAUUCCCCCUCCCCCCUCCAGGGCACACCCGCCACACGCCACCCGUCAUUUACUUUUGCGGGACCAAAUCCGCAUAAACAUUGCCUCGCUGCCCCCCGCGACUGCCUUUCUUUGUCGCACACAACACUGCCAACAUCCUUUCCCACCCCUUUCUGUUGUGCAUCACACCCACCCACCCCACCGCCAGCAGCCGCAAUGAGCAGCUCCGAGACGCCUGCUCCACCCCGCGACAAGCCGCGCAGGCCCAGGCCGAGCGGGCACCGCAAGUCGCUCUCCACCUCCGCCUUAGCCGUCAUGUCCGGCGCCCCACCGCUGACAGCGACCCCCGGCCGCGCGGGCACAGGCGCGGGAGGCAACCCCGUCCCCCCGCUACCGCCCAUGUCGCGCGGCGCAAAGAAGUCGGCCUUGCCACCGCUCCCUCCGGUCCGGGAGAGCAUGAGCUCGGUUGACAUUGCCGGGCUCGCGCGCAGGCCCUCGUGGCAAGGCACCGACGGAGCACAACAACAACAGCACCAGGCCGAGGGUGACGGCGAUGCGGUGUUUGCGCUCAACGAGCUGCGCUCCCUCAGGAGCUCGGGUCGUCGCCGCCAGAAGGCCUUGGCGAUCUUGAAGACGGUCCUUGUAUCAGCCUGCGCAGGCAAGGACAACUCCACGGUGUCCCUUGUUGAUCUCCUUGAACUCGAGCCCCACACUCCGCUCCUCGCGCUGCUCGGACGUCACACGGCCUCGCUCGCCAAGCGGGCCUCCGCCUCGUCUCUCCCUGUCGGCGACGACCUCGCUCGCCACCUAUGCCCCGAGAUCGACAUUGCGCUGUCAGUUCUCCAGGGCCUCAGCUUGCUCGGAUCGGCAUGCAAGAAGGCUGUCGGCGAGCGCUGGGCUAUGGAGAUGUUCCUCGACUUGCUGCUUCUCCUCAGGGCCCAGCAACCCGCAGACGGCGAGCAUCCAACUGUAUAUGUCCUACUCGACCUCUUGUUCUGUGUCCUCGUCGACUCGCCCGUGCACGCCCGAACGUUUGAGGAGCUCCAGGGCUUGGAGGCUGUCACCCGGGUCCUGCGCGGCACCGGUGUGGCCAAGGACGUGAGGAUGAAAUGCUGCGAGUUCCUCUACUUCUACCUCCUCCCAGAAGGUGCAACUGCCAUGCCAGACCUCGCUGCCAAGGUCCCUCAAGGCGUGCUGGCUGCGCUCGCUCCAGGCGCGGGCUUGCCGCCGUCACUCGACUCGUCCACCAGCUCGGCAGCCACCGGCAACGCUCCGUCGCUCCCACCCUCUCCCAACCGCAGCCGCCUGACAUCGGAAGCCCCUCGCCCUGCAUCGCCGGAGCGCCGCUGGGCUGAUCUUGACCUGCCCUUCGUCCCAGAGACUCCGCGCAAGCCGCCCCGCCCCAGUCUUGGAUUCCAGACGCCAGCCACCAACCGGCGCGCGUCAAACUUGAACUCGAGUGCGAGCUCCAACGCCAUGACCCCAGCUACCCCGGCGCUCAAGUCGGAGCGGCGCCGCUCGACAGCACCACGCAGCGACGACGAGGGCUCGCUGACCCGCAAGGACUCGGCGGCAUGGGCUGCCGUAUCCAAGACAGGUCUGGGAGGUGCCAACCUCCAGCGCCGCCGCAGCACCGCGAGCCAGGGUUACACCAGCGAAGGAGGAUCGCGGACGAGCUCUGGCAGCGGCUCGCGGACCAGCUCGGGGUCGUCAUCGUCGACUGUCACUGCGGUCCCGCGCAGACUUGCCAGCCAGGUGUCUCCGCAAUCCCGAGAGUCAUCCAUGACGCCGUCGUCUGCUGCACCGUCGCCUCGCGUCCUCGCGCCAUCCCCAGCCGGUGGUCCGUCGCCCGGCAUGCCGCGCCUUCCGCGCUCCUCGACCCAGCCGACCUUAGCGUCCGCCGACACCGGCUCCAUCAUGAGACGGCCGAGCAAGCUCUCCAAGUCGUCGUUGGCGGAGCCUGUGCUCGAGACGUCGCAGGCGGCGCAGAUGCCAAGAGUCCCGUCGCAGGUCAUGUCGCAGCCGCCGGUCGCGUCGUCUGCGACUCCCUCCACCCCUGCCGCUGGUCGCCCACCUCGGAUGCGCCACUCGAGAACGCAGUCUGCACUCGCAGACUUAGGUGGGACCCCGGUGCAGCGUUCGCGCGGGUUCCCGUCUGACCUGACGCGGGGCAUGCUUCCAGGAGCGCCAACCAACUCGCCAGCGCCGUUAAGCCCGGCUCGUCGGGUCUCUUCGGGUGCAAGGCCCAAAGCCGCGCCAGCCAAGGGCGACAUGCGGUCUGUGGAGCAGAAGAAGAACAUGCUCGGGCAGUGGCUUGGAAAUGUCGACCAGUUGGUGCAAGGUGUUGAGAAGGUUGGCUUCUGGGGCUCGAAGCAUGUGUAGCGGGUGUAAGCCCGACGGCUUGAUUAUCCUGUGUGUCGGCAGGGUCGGCUAUGAAUAGGUGUGCAUUAUGAAUCG